AUGCUUAGGCGAAUUUCUAGAAUUGGUUACAAUACUUCUAUACAAAAGGAAUUUAUAAGACAAAAAAUUGUUAGCCCGGCUUCACUUUUAAAUCCUGCUGAUAAAUUAAAACUAUAUAACAAGGAAAAUAAAGAACUAUUUGGUCCCUUGUUGGAAACGAAUAAGCAGAAGAAAAGUAGAUUGAAAAAAGAAGCUAAAAAUAGCACACAUCAAAACAGAGCAAAAGUUCAGAGUGACAGUGUAGAAAAGUUUUGCCACUCAGCAGCAAGAAGUCUUUUUAGCAGUGUGAGUUCAUUAAUUGCACCAGUCUACAAUUCAUCUGUGUUUCCAAUUAUAAAUAAAAACAAGAUGUACCAGAAUACAAGAAAUUUAUUGAAUGCUACUGGUGUAGUGUAUAACAUUGCUGUGAGAAGCAUAAAAACUUCAUCUGUUGCAAAUGCAACUAAGAGUUUUCCUGCUGAGCCAGGAUUUGCUAGUGAGGACAAAAUUCUUCAAAUUAGGCAACAUCAAAAUGAUUAUACUAAACAAUUCCCAUCUGUUACUUUAAUUCUUAACAAGACAAUGACAGAGGAGUCAAGAAAAGCAUUAGAAAAAUGGAAGAAGGAAAGGAUUGAAGAAAUGGGUCUAGAGGAGUUUAAUAGGUAUAAUGAAGCACAAAUGGCAGUUGGUACAAAGUUCCACAGUACACUAAAGAACUAUUUUACUCAGCCGCAAACACAAUUACGAAUUGAAAAAGAUGUAGAAGGGGUUUGGGUGUCUGUAGCCGAGGUAUUGAAACAUAUAUCUUCACCUAAGGCAAUAGAAUCCAAUGUUGUACAUCCUGUACUGAAAUAUAGAGGGGUGUUUGAUGCCAUUGCUGAUUAUGAAGAUAAACCAACACUAAUUGAAUGGAAGAAAUCGGACAAGCCUCGGAAAUCCAUAGCCCUAACUUAUGACAAUCCUGUCCAACUAGCGGCUUACUUUGGAGCUGUGUGCAAUGACCUUAACUACAAACAUUUGAAUGUACGAGAUGCUUUGUUGGUCAUAGCCUACACCGAUGGUUCUAAAGCAGAUUUUUAUCAUUUACACACAGAUAAAUUAAGAGAACACUGGGCACAAUGGUUGAUAAGAUUAGAAGAAUAUAUGAAAAAAUUCAAUAAUGAAUCUGAGAAACAAUUGAAGGGUGGGAAACGCCUGUUUGAGACGGAGAUUGGGAACCUCUAA